AUCUGACCAAUCAGAGCAGAGUAGCUGCUGGACUGGUUCUGAGAGAAGAUCAAAGCGCCAGCAUCACUUCAGUGGCAAACAGUGUUGCCAGGCCCGCGGUUUUCACGCGGAAUUUGACUACAUUAACACUGUUGCUGCGGGUUGAAGCGACCCAUGUUUAUCCCCUGGAAUGCAAAUUUUACCAAGAGAACCCCGCCAGAAAACGUAUAUUUUACCCCGGAAAGCGAUUUGUACCGAUGGAACCGGGCGGGUUUUGUGAAAAUCUGGCAACCAUGCUGGCAAGAGAGAGGAAACCCUAAAUUCUGCUUCUUCUUUCUGUGGUUAAAGCUAUGGAGAUGGGAGAUAUGACUGAGCAUAAGGUUUCAGAAGAGCGAGGCAGAGGAAGAGAGAGAGAGAGAGGACGAGACCGCAGAGAGAAAGAGCGCAGACGUCUAGACAAAGAGAUGAGAGGCUCGUCAAAAACCAUUCACAGGGGUCCAGCAAAACUGGAGAGCGCAUGAGGACGGUAAAGGGAGCACACAGAGGUCCAGAAGAGCCCCUCAGAUACAGGGAUGGAUGUAUAUGCUGGAUGAAGAUGUAGAGUGGAGGAAGCACUGGUUCGUGAUCUCUGACUCAGCACUGAGAUACUACAGAGACUCAGCGGCUGAAGAGAGAGAUGAGGCGGAUGGUGAGAUUUAUUUACAUCACUGUCUGCGAGUGGAGGAAUUUGAUGCUGAUAAAAACUAUGGACUUCAGUUGCAUAUGCGUGAUGGACUGGUGACCCUGUCAGCGAUGACCUCCAGAAUCAGGAGGAACUGGAUCGACACACUGAGGAGGAGAAUCUCAUUCAGGAAUUCGUCUGAAAACGUCCGACACCCAGACAACAGUGACAUCAGCGACAGAGAGAACUCUAGUUCCCAGAAUGCACCGCCCCGAACCUCUACAGCACCCCAUGACCCGGGGUCAGAUGUCAGCGGUCCAUAUCAGGAUGAACCCAACAUGAGGUCCAACCGGUGGGAGGCCAGCGAGGGGUGCGACCGACAGCUCGAAAGACGUCUGGAGGACCGGACCAAGUGGUUUCAGGAGGGAGUUUCCGACAGGGAGGGCGAAGACCCCUGGGACAGGGUUGAGUUGAAGAAGGGGGUCGUCACUUCCCAGCCGCAGGUUCCUGAUGCUCAGAUGGGGCCAGAUGUUGAUAAGAAGUGUACAGACUUUGAGCAGCUUCCAAUUGUAGAAAAGAGGUCGCCGGUUGGAUUCCAGAAUCCGCAAACAACAAAUGAGGUGCUUCAGCGAGAGGUGGUGUCUCUGAGGCAGCAGAUCGAGGCUCUUCGUCAGGUCCGCGUGGGGGUCAGUGUCUGCGGUCCUGACGCACCCUGCGCUCUGAAACUGGAGCAGAUGGAGAAAGAGCACCGAGAGAGACUGCAGAAGAUACACGACGAGCACGAGAGAGAAUGCAGAGAGAUUGAGACAGACAAACAGAGACUGCUGCAGGAGGAAGCCAAGAAUGCAGUCCAAGCGAUGGAGGCUCUGAGGAAAGCUCAUCAGGAGGAGAUUGAGAAGCUCAGGGGUCAUGGAGGAGGAGAGACGAAAGACCCCUCGAUCAGACAACAGCUGCGUGAGUCGAUCUCUCUGCAGCAGGAGUUGGACGGUCUGUCGGAGCGUUAUUCCCAGCAGUGUGUGGAGCUCAACCGCAUACAGAACAGCACUGAAGAGCAAAACGGAGAGAUCCGACAGAAGGAGAGAGAGAUGGAGCAGCUCCGCCAAGAGAACCAGGAACUGCAGGCGCAUCUGACGGAGGAGAUAAAUCUAAUGCGAUCCUUCAUCACAGGCCAAAGGUCAGGAGUUGUUCCCCUCGGCAGCUACGAAAGGAGCAACUCUGAAUUAGAGAUGUUACUGAAGGUGAAGGAGAGCGAGGUGGAUUUUCUACACAAGGAGAUCAGCUGUCUCAGAAAAGAGGUCCAAACUCUUACUAAGGAGAAUGAAGUACUGAGCGAGCGCUACAAGCAGGUGUAUGUUGAGCUGACUGAAUUACGGGGCCGCAGUGACAGAGACAUCAAUGCACUUAAAGAACAGCUCAAACUCACUAAUGCUGCACUGGAGGAGGGGCGUCUCCUAAGCAACAACACUGACCAAUGAGAACACAACAAGAGGUCAAAUAAGAUGGAUGGGGUGCACUGGUUUCUCCAUCUCAAUUCGGACAAAUACAGUAUAUACAGGAUAUUGUGUGUUAUGUAUAGCUCUUUUUAAAAAAUCCUAUUGAUUAGAAACUACAGUGGUGCUGAAAGUGAAUAAAUAUUGAAGGCUUUUAAAACAAGGUGUAUUUUAAUUUAAAUGCAAUAAAAAAAAAACUUGCAUCUAUUG